AUGUCAGGUUCAUCAGAUUUUCUUAAUAAAGGUAUUGAUUUAGUACAAAAAGCCAUUGAUGCAGAUACGGCAACCAGAUAUGAAGAAGCAUAUAAAUUAUAUUACAAUGGAUUAGAUUAUUUGAUGCUUGCCAUAAAAUAUGAAAAAAAUCCAAAAUCUAAAGAAUUAGUCAAAUCUAAAUUUACAGAAUAUUUAACUAGAGCUGAACAAUUAAAAGAACAUUUAGAGAAACAACUGAAAUCAAAUAGUGCUGAAAAUUCCGUAAAUGGUUCAACAAAGGCUAAAAAAGCCGGUGGGGAUAAUAAUGAUGAUGAUUCAGAUACUAAAAAAUUACGUGGAGCAUUAGCUGGUGCAAUACUAUCAGAAAAGCCAAAUGUAAAAUGGUCAGAUAUUGCUGGUUUAGAUCAAGCAAAAGAAGCAUUAAAAGAAGCAGUUAUAUUACCUGUUAAAUUCCCACAACUAUUCGUUGGAAAUAGGAAACCAACAAGUGGGAUAUUAUUAUAUGGUCCACCAGGGACGGGUAAAUCAUAUUUAGCAAAAGCUGUUGCAACGGAGGCAAAUUCUACAUUUUUCAGUGUUUCUUCUUCUGAUCUAGUUUCUAAAUGGAUGGGAGAGUCUGAAAGAUUAGUUAAACAAUUAUUUACAAUGGCAAGAGAAAAUAAGCCAAGUAUUAUAUUUAUCGAUGAAGUUGAUGCAUUAUGUGGACCAAGAGGAGAAGGAGAAAGUGAAGCUAGCAGAAGAAUUAAAACUGAAUUAUUAGUACAAAUGAAUGGUGUUGGAAAUGAUUCACAAGGUGUUUUAGUUCUUGGAGCUACUAACAUUCCAUGGCAAUUGGAUGCUGCAAUUAGGAGAAGAUUUGAAAGGAGAAUAUAUAUUGCAUUACCUGAUAUAGAUGCAAGAACAAAAAUGUUUGAAAUUAAUAUUGGUGAAGUCCCAUGUGAAUGUACAUUACAAGAUUAUAAAACUUUAGCUGAAAUGACUGAUGGUUAUAGUGGUCAUGAUAUUGCUGUUGUUGUAAGAGAUGCAUUAAUGCAACCAAUUAGAAAAAUUCAGCAAGCUACACAUUUCAAAAAAGUUAUUGAUGAAAUUGAUGGUAAAGAAAAGUUGACACCUUGUUCUCCUGGUGAUAAAGCUGCUAAAGAGAUAAAUUGGAUGAAUAUAGAAACUGAUGAAUUAAAAGAACCAAGUUUGACAAUAAAAGAUUUUAUAAAAUCUAUAAAAAGUAAUAGACCAACUGUCAAUGAAGCUGAUAUAUCUAAUCAUAUCAAAUUUACUGAAGAUUUCGGACAAGAAGGUAAUUAG